AUGCUGAGUCUGCUGGUGCUGGCACUGCCCCUCCUGCUGAGCCCGGGCCACGCGGCCCCUGCUCAGAGCCAAGACCUGGAGAGAGUGGGCAUCGUGGGGGGGCAGGAGGCCCCUGAAAACAAGUGGCCCUGGCAGGUGAGCCUGAGACUCCUACGAGACAAAUACUGGCAACACAUUUGCGGAGGCUCCCUCAUCCACCCCCAGUGGGUGCUGACCGCCGCGCACUGCCUGGGACUGGAAAUCAAAGAUCCUGUGGACCUGAGGGUGCAGCUGCGGGAGCAGCACCUCUAUUACCAGGACAAGCUGCUGUCUGUCAACCGGAUCAUCGUGCACCCCAACUACUUCACCGUCGAGAACGGGGCAGACAUUGCCCUGCUGGAGCUGGAGGAGCCUGUGAAUAUCUCCUACAAACUUCAGCGGGUGGCUCUGCCCCCUGCCUCGGAGACCUUCCCCCCAGGGACCCCCUGCUGGGUGACAGGCUGGGGUUAUGUGCAAGAGAAAGUGCCCCUCCCCCCGCCGUACCCCCUGAAGCAGGUGAAGGUCCCCAUCGUGGAAAACAGCGAAUGUGACUCCGAAUACCACACUGGCCUCUACACGGGGGACAACGUCCGGAUCGUCCAUAAGGAUAUGAUCUGUGCCGGGAUCACGAAUAAGGACUCCUGCCAGGGAGACUCUGGAGGGCCCCUGGUCUGCAAGGUCAACGGCACCUGGAUGCAGGCGGGUGUGGUCAGCUGGGGUUUAGGCUGUGCCCGGCCCAAUAGGCCCGGCAUCUACACCCGAGUCACCUCCUACCUGCACUGGAUCCGCCAGUACGUCCCCAAGGAGCCCUGA